AUCGACUAAAAACGAGCGCGCAUACUAUCGCCAAUCAGCAUAGAUUAUUAGUACGCAAAAUUUUAUAUCGUUGAUUUUGUGCAUGAGUAUACUUUCUAUUUUAUUACUUCAAUUGUGCAUACACAACUAACUUUAUAACAAAGCUAACAAGUUCUAGAGGAUUUUAAUAGAAGUUAAUUAUGUACAUUAUUUAUUGUCGCAUACAUUUGCUUAUAGUUUUUAACGUAUAAUUCUAAAACAAUUGUUUAUACAUGUUGAAAAGAAAAAUCAAGAUUAAAUUGAAGACAAAAAGAGAAUGUAGAUUUCGUUUGGAAAAAUAAAGUAAUGAGAAAAUCAAGACUAGCUCUCUGUCGUCAUGUCAGCAUCCCUACAAAAUAAUGUAUAACAGCUGUUAUAUAGAACAAAGUUCUAUAUUAAUAUUGGUGGUAACAGUUAGUUUUUAGUUCAAAAGAGGUGCAACACAUUUUUAAGAUGUCAGUAACCAAUGAUAAGAUUCAGGAAUUGAAUAGAUGUUUCCUUGAAUUUAUGAUGAAGCCUGAAAAUGUAGACUCAGCAACUAAGGAAAUAUUUGAAGAUUUACUCGACGAGGUGCUUAUGGGCUUUAUUUUUGAUAUUCAUCGCAUGACUAAAACUGGCAGUUCAGAUGUUGAGGAAGGCAUACCAGAUGAUGAAUCAUAUACUAUUGUAGAUUUACCCGGUUUGGAUGUUUUCGGGCAGCACCCGGUUAAAAAAUCCCAAGAGUGUAAUUGUCCGAAUUGUGAACGAGGCGUAGCUGCUAGUCGUUUCGCUACCCAUCUCGAGAAGUGUAUGGGUAUGGGUCGUAACAGCUCACGCAUAGCCUCUCGACGUAUAGCUAACAAUUCCAAAGAUCUUACGAGUUAUGGAGGUGUCGUUAGUGAUGAUGACGAUGACGUCGACUGGAGCCUAAAUAAUGAUAAGCGUAAACGGCGCAAGGACCGUAAUGGUCUGAAAAAACUUAAACAGCCACGGAAUGCUAAUCAAAGAAACGGUGCUGAAGCACUUGGUGAACUUGCCUACGGUGUUAAUAAUGAUACUUCACCCUCUAACUAUGAAAGCAUGUCUCUUGAGGAUAAAAGAACACUUCUCCAACAGAUUUGUGGUGUUGUUUCCGAGCACACUAAAAAACUUUGCACAAGGUCGAUGCGUUGUCCCCAGCACAGCGACGAUCAACGCCGAGAAAUGCGAGCAAAUCUUGAAAUUUUAGCAGGUCAAAACAAUGGGACUGUUGGUCAAGAGGUAGGGACUGGUCUGCAUGUUGAUGUUGAUGGUUUUGAAGAAGCUGAUGGCCAGGGACUUAGAGAAUCUUUGACAAGGUGGGAUCGGGAAGGCUCAUGUCAUUCAAGUCCAGCGGAUUCGACUUCUACUACUUCCACCUCAUCUGUUAGCAGAAAACGUGAAACCAAAUCUAAGGGUAAGGGCAAGACUGGCAAGCGUGACAGAAGUUCACCUGUCUCACAACCUGAUUAAAUUCACUUAUUUUUUUCUUAAUUAUUUUCCUUACCUCUUUCAUUUUAUUUCUUUUCCUUACUUACCAUCU